CGAGGCCCCGCCCCCUCCUCCUCAAGAUGGCUCCCUCCCUUCUCCUCCCGUCGUGCCCCGCGGCGGCCGGAAGCAGCGGCGGGGUCAGCGCGCGGGGGCCGCACCGGAGACCUCGACGCUGAGGCGGUCGGUCGGAUGGCGGAGUCCGGGCCGCAGCCGCCGGGCGGCGGCCCCAGCCGACACGAGAAGAGCCUGGGGCUCCUCACCACCAAGUUCGUGUCGCUGCUGCAGGAAGCCAAGGACGGCGUGCUCGACCUCAAGCUGGCAGCAGACACCCUGGCAGUGCGGCAGAAGAGGCGCAUCUAUGAUAUCACAAAUGUCCUGGAGGGCAUUGGACUUAUCGAGAAGAAGUCCAAGAACAGUAUUCAGUGGAAAGGUGUGGGCCCCGGCUGCAACACCCGCGAGAUCGCCCACAAGCUGAUUGAGCUGAAGGCCGAGAUCGAGGAUCUGGAGCAGCGGGAGCGAGAGCUGGAGCAGCAGAAAAUGUGGGUGCAGCAGAGCAUCCGAAAUGUUUCUGACGAUGUCCAGAACAAUCGGUUAGCCUAUGUGACGGAUGAGGACCUCUGCAAAUGCUUUGCAGGUGACACGCUGCUAGCCAUUCGAGCUCCAUCGGGUACCCAGCUAGAAGUUCCUGUUCCCGAGGGCUUGAACGGGCAAAAGAAAUACCAGAUCCACCUGAAGAGUACAAGCGGUCCAAUCGACGUCCUGCUCGUCAAUAAGGACGUCUGGAGCUCUCCUCCAGUAGUACUACCUGUCCCUCCCCCAGAAGACCUUAUUCAGUGCCGGCCAGUUACUCCUUCCAAGUCCCACUCUCAAGAAGCAUCCCUUCCCAGUGGCACACACCCUUCCGCACCUGGGCCCAACAGCAUUCAGGACCAGAACCCUGCUGCUCAGAAAACACCCAGCACCACAGACAGCGGCAUCUCGACUGCAGAAUCUAGAAGCAGCAGGGACCUGGACUCGCUCACCCCUUCGACAGCUCCCACUAGCCCUCCGGCCGGGCUGGACACACAGCCCCUCCAGUCCUCCGCCUUGCUGGACAGCAGCUCCGUCCUGCCCAGUCCCUCAUCCUCCUUUGAGCCAAUCAAACCAGACCCCACAGAAAUACUGGAGCUUCCCAAAGAGCUUUCAGAGAUGUUCGAUCCAACGAGAGAGUGCAUGAAUUCUGAGCUGCUUGAAGAGCUAAUGUCCUCCGAAGUGUUCGCUCCCUUGCUGCGCCUCUCCCCGCCUCCUGGAGACCACGACUACAUCUACAACCUGGACGAGAGCGAAGGGGUGUGUGACCUUUUCGACGUGCCUAUCCUCAACCUCUGACUCUUGGGUGGCUGUCUGGAUGGACUUUGGGAUGCGCUGAUACACAUAUAUAUUUUUUAUAAAAAGAAACUGUCUAUGGGGGGAGAAAAGCCCCUUUGCGGUUUGGGGAUUCCUUUAUUUUUUUGCUAGUUGCUUGAGUGACUCACCUGAGCUGCUGUAGUUUGAAUGUGAGACUGAGAGGGCGGACUUCCUUCCUUCCAUCCAAGGCUUGGCAGCCUCUUUAUUUGGGACUUCUCCCUUUCCCACAUCACACGGGCCACGUCCCUGAUUUUUUUUUAACCUCCAUUCUCGCUGGCCUUUCCCUGGAUCCCAGGCCUCCAUCCCAGAUGGACUUGCUAUCGAAUCUUCCUGUCGAGCUGAAGAGCUUUCUCAGGUUCACCUGCCCGCUUUUGGCUUUCCUGCACUCCUGGAGACACUUUUGUAUUAAGAACCUGAGGGGGCUGAUCCGCAGUCCGGUGCGCUUGGGAGAGCAAAGGGUCAGCCCAUCUCGUACUUUGUCCUUGUCGCUAACGUGACUGCGCUUUCUUUGGCAAUCAUACUUUUUUUUGUGCAGUGAGGGGGGCGGGAGGCUGAUGCCAGAUAGAUCCCGGCAGCCUCACUUGGCAUUGGUUUUCCUGUAGGGCAGGUGGUUGAAGGCGGCCUUUCAGAGUAUAGUCCCUCUUUAUUUCAAGGCAUAGCGAUCUGUAUUGCUCAGAAGGCCUCCGUGAGUGGAGCAGUUGUGUUCUAGCUGUGUAGGUGAACAAAAAAAAAGGGGGGGGGGGAAUCCAUCUUUGCACAGUCACUUUCCUCCGAAGAGACAUAAUUGAGAAAUGGAUUACUCUGAAUUGCAGCUCUGGCGUAUUUGGCAAGGAAAUGUCUCUUUGGGACCUUUCUGCAAAAAAGCUGCAAGCUGUGCCCUGCCAGGCCCUGAGCUGUACAGCAGAAGCUGGUGGUGGUAUUCCAUAGCUUACCUGGUCAGCCUGAGGACAAUACUUAGGUGCUGAGCCUGGGCUGUGGUGGCGGAGUGAAAUUGAGGGCUGCAGAACUGCUUUGCUAAGUGUGCUAAGUAUUCCCUCACCACACUUCAGACUGAGCGAUGUUGCUGCGCUAGCGUCUCUCUCCCUUUCUUAGGCUUCUCCUGUACCUUCUGGUUGCAGAUGUUUUAGGUUUUUACCCCCUGGUUGAUCAUCUGAAGGGAGAAUGAGAAAUCUCCCUUUUGCACUUCUGGAAGUCCCUCCCUCGGGCAGCUGAAUCAUCGCUUCCUCUCUGCUCUUAACCCUGCAGCGAAAAACUCUCACGCCCCAGCCCUUAGAGGUUUAUCCGCUUCCCAGCAGUAGAAGAGUCGCAGCAGCUAAAGAGCUUCCCCCCAAACCUUGCUCUGUGGAAUGAAGUCCAACUUCAGUGAGCCUUGCUGGGCCUGUCAAUAUGUUUAGGGACUGCAGGUGGGUUUGCAUCUACACCAUCCCCAGGACCAGGGAGUGCUUUUCUGUUGCAGAGAAGUGCUGGCCCUUCGUUGUGGGGAGAACAUGCAAUCCUUUGCAGAGUUGUUCCUAUCUCAGAUGUGUUGCAGUUAUAACGGGCUUAGACUGGAGUAACUCUGCAUAACAUUGCAAUUCUAGUCCUACUUGCUGGAAGUGGUGAACUACAGGCCUGCACGCCUCUGUCUUUCGCAGGGGGUUUACCUUUUGCUGCACACAGCCCUCCAGAAUAGAAGCUUGUUACUAUUUCCAGAGGCUUAGAGGCUUGUGAAACAGCUGCUUGGCUUUUUCUGGGCUUUUCUGAGUGUGUGUCUCUGCUCCCACACCCCCAUGCCUCUAGGAAGCUAAGUGGCUCCCCCUGCUGCCUCGUUUGGUUGUUCACUUGCGUCCCUUGACCUUUGUGUGUGAUGGAGUGGCUCUGAUAGCAGUCCCUCCCCCUUUUGCUUAUCCGUGCUGUCGAUCUGUUAGAUGACGUCUGGAAAAGAAGAUACCUAGAGAGAUGUACAAUGGGAAAAGUGAAUUUUGAUUCCUAUAUAAAGAUUAUUUUUAUACUUUUUUUGCAGCAAAAAAUGAAACUUGCCUGUAAUAUUUGUACAGUGGGGUUUGUUUGUUUUUUUGAAUGAAUGAAUGAAUAAACUGAUCCUUUCCAA